UUUAUUUGUGUUAUUAUUAUUUAGUAUCUUUAUUUCCAUGAAUUUGGAUUUAAAUCAAUUAUAUUCCCCGUUGCCUUUGACUUGACCUCAUUGGAAUUAUAAUUAAACAUGAAUUAUGACCAUAAUAAUGAUCAUAUCGAUGAUUAUUAUGCCUUUCUCAACGUUCCUAAAAAUGCCAGUGUUGAUGACAUACGUAAUUCUUUUCGAUUACUCAGCCGACAAUUUCAUCCGGAUAAACACACGAAUCCGGCACUCAAACGACAAGCCGAGUUGAUGUUUGAUAAAUUAAAAAAAGCUUAUGAUGUUUUAAGCGAUCCAGAUAAACGGGCCGUUUAUGAUGCAUUAGGAGCUUCAGGUCUUCAGAAUAAUGAAGCCUGGGCAUUGGUUGAGAAAAAAUUCAAAUCAGUCAAAGAAAUUCGUGAAGAAUAUGAACAAUUGAUUAAAGCAAAAGAGGAACGUAUGCUGCAACAACGGACCAGUCCCAAAGGAAAUAUAACCGUAUUGGUCGAUGCAACCAAUUUAUUUCAACAAGAUGACUCAGACGAUGAUGAUGAUGAUAAUGAUGAUCGAAGACUGGUCAUUUCACCAUCAUCGAUCGAAGUUCGUUCGAUGACCAUAACUCAAUCAUUAGAUACUCCAUUAACGCUCAACAAUCAUGUGAUAUUGAAUGGAAUGAUAAGCGUUCGUAAUGGCGUUGGAAGUGGUAAUCUAGCGCUUGGAUUACGACAUAUUUUCAAUCCAAAAACAUGGGGAGAAAUAGAAUUUGGUGCUGGACAAGGUCCAAUGUUCAGUAUGAAAGUUUUUCGUACAUUAUCUCCAACUCUUCAUGCUACCUGUAAUACAAAUUUGUAUAUUUCAUCAUUUGGUAUCCGACCAGGACUAUCACUCAUAUUGACCAGACAAUUUAGUAAACAUUUUAUCGGAUAUUUAUCAUAUAAGGCCGGUAUAGAUUCAUCAAUGAAUACGACAAUGAUAUACGAAAAUGAAUAUUGUCGUGUUAAUGGAUCGUUGCAAUUUGGCUAUCGAAAUUCAUUCAUAUCGUCCAGUUAUACGCAUAAGUUCAAACAAAAUAAUACCCGUGUAAAAGUCGGAUUAAAAUUCGGAUUUUUAGGCAUCAUGAUGGAUUAUGGUUGUGAAACUAGAUUAUCUCAAUAUAGCACACUUGGUGCGGCCAUGACAGUCGGUACGAUUGCCGGUGUUAAUCUAAGGAUCAAAUUAAUACGAAAUCAACAAACUUACAUGUUACCAAUAUUACUGUCGGAAGAGAUUGUUCCAGGUUCUCUAAUAUAUGGAACAAUAUUACCAUUAAUAUCAUAUUAUCUAAUCAAGAAUUAUAUAAUCGAUGUUUAUGUAAAGAAAAUGGAACAAGAAGAACUAGAAAAAGAAAAAGAAGCGAAUGCAUUAUUACUCGAAGAACGUCGUAAAGAUGCAUGUGCCUACAUACAAUUGAUGAAAGAUUUUUAUGAACGAAUUAUUGAACGUGAAAAAUCGGUCGAUGGUUUAUUCAUUGAGAAAGCAUUGUAUGGACAAGAAAGCCAUGUUGAACAAUAUGAUAAUUAUAAUGGUCCAAUACCAGCCGAAGCAAAUGUUUUUGAUUUUAAAGUUGCCCUACAAGUGUUGGUCAAUGAAGAUUCACGUUUAAUAUUAACAUCAGCUUCGAAAUCAUAUCUACCUGGUUUCUUUGAUACACAUCUUGGUGGCCCUAAAAAACUAUUAAUCCGUUAUCGAUAUAAGAGUCGUGAUUAUCGAGUCAUUUUAAAUGAAAAUGAAGGCGCAACAUUACCGUCCGAAAGACACUUAGUUUUAUCAAUAAAUGAAGAUCAUUUCAAUUAGUUUCAUCUUUGUUUGAUUGAUAUAGUGACUGAGAUAUAUAAAUUUGUUUUUGUAAGAAAUUUUUUUAGUCAAAUUAU